AUGAAGAAGAACUCAUCCCCCUCUGCUGCCGAGCUGUACGGAGGCCUCAAGGGGAUGGUCGACUUCGGCGCCGUCGGCCACCUGAUGCUUCAGAAUCUCCGUCGCGCCGUGAGGUCCUUUUUUCUCCGCGACGCAUGCGAGGACGCCCCCUAUUCGCUUUUUGAAGAGCGGGCUUCGCUGCCCCCAACAGAGGCGCAAAACGGGCGAGGAACAGCCGGCACGGUUCUGCCUCUUCUUCUCUCGCAAAUCCCCCCUCGCGACUCGCUAGCUGUCUCGCUUCCGUGCUUUCGGUGCCGCCGACGCCGCGUAGGUGCGGAGGAAAAGACGGAGGAGAGCCUGACGCACAGGCAGACGUCGGGGGAGACCAGAGAAAGCGAAGCACGAUUGGGGAGGCCCCAGGAUGCGACAGUCGAGACAGACACAGACACGGCGAGGCGCAGAGCUGGCGACUGCGGUGUCGGCGAGCCGACGCGCGAGGACGGCGGACGGACAGACGAGGCGCACACGGGGCAAGGAGAGGAAAUCGAGUUUAACCCGCGCUGGGGGCCCAUCUUUGCCGUCGAAACUGCUUGUCUGGGACCUGCAGCUGUCUGGGCAGCUAGCGGCCACACGCGCCACUUUGUUGAUUCGCUUGUGCGGUGUACAGACACCGGACAGGUGUUCAGAACGGACUCGCUGGCGUAUCGCGAGAAGCUUUCCAACGGAUCGGGCAAGCUCUUCGAAGUCUGCCAUCAAUCGGCGACGCGUCUUCAGCAAGUCGAGGCAGGAAAUGGAUCUGCAAGAAGACGCGAAGGCGCGGAAGGAGACGCCAGCCGGAAAAUGGAGGACCCGCCACGGGGGCGAGACGGAGGAACAAAAGGAGAAGACCUCGCUCCCGCCAAUGGCCAGGUUUCCUCGUGGCGACCUCUAACGGAGGCUCCUCCCGAGCUCUUUCCCAACCUUCCCUCGCCCGUAACAGGCCGCAUCGGGGCUCUGUCAACUCCCUUCCGCCGGAACUUGAUGCUCCAGACUCGCCUAUCGCGCUGCAGCGCCUCCGCGGAAGAAAACGGAAGGGAAGAAGGAGAACAAGAGAGAGAACAACAGGGAGAGCAAACGGGAGAACACGCCGAACGAGGAGAGCGAGGCGAUGGGCAAACUCGAUCCGGAAGAGGCAAGGAACGCGAUUCUGCUAACGUCGCAGACGCGGAAGAGAAUGCGGGGAUCUUUAGACCGGAAACUGCUCAGGGAAUGCUCAUUGCGUAUCGGAAUCUUCUUCCGCCGUUCCUCGCCCCUUCGCUGCCUUUUGGCAUCGCCCAGGAAGGUCGCGCGUGGCGAAACGAGUUGAUCUCUUCCUCGCGGUUCCUGUUCCGCCUCCGAGAAUUCCGUCAAUUUGAGAUCGAGUACUUCAUCGACGCGAAAAAAACAGACAGCCUUCAGGUGCUCAACGCGUGGAUCUACGAGCUGGCGCGUUUCUUCGCUGCUAUCGGCCUCCCGGCGGACCUUCUCAGCGCCGCCGAGCAGGGCCGGAACGACAGGCCUCACUACAGCUCGAGAUGCAUCGACAUUUCCUUUCGGUUUCCCUUUGGAGACGCAGAGCUUUGCGGUCUCGCGCUUCGCGGAGACUAUGAUCUGAGAUCUCAUCAGCAGGCCCCCUUCCAAGCUGCAGUUUUUCCAGUCGUCACAAACAUGCCCACAUUGACGGCACAAGCCAAGGAGGUGCACACCGGCAAAGCAUGA